UUCUGGGCUUUGAAGAGACACUGACAUGAAUUUUGCAUAACAGCAGAAAUAUCAAAAGAACCAUCAAAAUUCAUUUGCUCUGUCACGUAAAAUAUAAAAGCUGUUUCUCUAAACUGAGGCCAUUCAGAGAGAAAUAAAAUGAAUGGUGUUUGAAAUACCUGAAAUGUUUGUUUUAAAUUAAAAAAAUGUGUUUCUGGGUUCUUAAAUGUCUUAACUGGGUAAAAUCAGCAAAGUCAAUGUGUCUUCAUAUUUUCUUUCAAUUUUAGAUUUCUGUUGUACAUCUUUUUAAAAUUUGACUCUAAAAACAUAAUUUUCUAAGGAGCAACGCAGCUUUUAACAAUAAAGGAAAUGUUUUUUUUUGUUAAAUGCCAUAACGAGUCGAGCUGUCCUGACACACCUCUGUUUUUUUAACAAGCUUUAUUUGUUUUUGUCAGAAAUACAUAGUCACACUAACAAACAUACAUCAAAUAUACACACGAACAGACAUCAGCUCAUUAAUCGACAAGGGGCACAUAAAAGAUAAUACAACCUUCCAAAAGGCACAUUUUUUGAUUGUUUUUGUUAUACAGGGUCAACCAGAAAUAAACAUUGAAGACUCAUUAAAGUGAGUUCUGCCUUCUUAUUUACAAUUAACUUCAUGGUGUUAACAUAUGAGUGGAAGUCCUUUAAGAAAACACAAAAGUUAGGGAGAUGACGCACCUCUGGUUCUAGCCCAACACCAACCAGGAGUGAGGUCACCGGUGGUACCAAGGUAACGAUUCUAAUCAGCGUGGGCGGGGCUUACACCGGUAGCCCCGCCUUCCUGAGAGCUGCUGGUAUGAAUAGUUCUUGUUAAACUUAACAAGCAAACCCGAACGAGUGAGUUCUGCCGGAGAACCGACGGCUCUUGGUUUCAUCUUCAUCCCUCAUCAAAGCUCACAGCCGUGAGGGGAACCUGUCAGAGCUCAGCACAUCUGUCUGCAAAUCUGGAGUCAUCAGGGCUACUGUAAAAGUGCAAGGCCUGAUGUCAGAGUUGAAGAUGAGCGAGAAGACCUCUGGGAUACAAACAGACUGUGAAGAUCUCACCGUGUUGACAGAGGACGAAGAGCCCAGAGUCUGCGGCGUGUGUGGCGACCUGGCUAAAGGCUACCACUUCAACGCUCUGACCUGUGAAGGCUGCAAGGGUUUCUUCAGACGUGCCAUAAAGAGGACUUCACAGCCUCGCUGCUUGUUCCUGAAUAAAUGCAUCAUAACAAAAAGCAGCCGCCGCUCCUGUCAAGCCUGCCGCUUCCAGAAAUGCCUGGCCAUCGGCAUGCGCAAGGAAAUGGUCAUGUCUGAGGAAGAGGUUUUGAAGCGAAGGAUCUGUAUAAAGAAGAAAAAGAUGCACAAAGCAUCAACAGAGCUUUCACCUGAACAAGAGAACAUCAUCCAGGAGCUUCUCUACAGCUUGCGCAGCACUUUUGACUCAACGUUUUCUCACUUCACUGGCUUCAGGCCGAUGGACAGAGAGAUCCUGACAGAGAUGGAGCACAGCCAGUCGGAUCCACCGACCAGCUGCCUGACUCAAAUAUGUUCUUCAUCUGGUAAAUCCUCCCCUGACUCCUCAUCAUCCUCAUACACCUGGUCCCUCUCCUCCUCCUCCUCAUGUUCCUCUGAAAACAAAGACCUGGAAGGCAACAAAACCCGCUGCGUUUACACUAAUCUACCACAUUUUGCUGACCUCACGACCUACAUGAUCCAGGAUAUCAUUCGUUUUUCCAAAAGUCUCCAGGACUUCAGAUCUUUGACUAUCGAGGACCAGAUAUCUCUUCUGAAGGGAGCCGUGUUUGACAUAAUGCUGAUUCGCUUCAACAUGGUGUUUAACUUGGCGACGAGUAACUGGGACUGCGGCCAUAUAACGUACUGCAUCCACGACGCGGUGCGAGCGGGUUUCCAGCCCCUUCUGCUGGAGCCCAUGUUAAAAUUUCACCAAGCGCUUCGCAAACUGGACCUGCAGGAGGAGGAGUACGCCCUCAUCCAGGCCAUGUCCCUGUUUUCCCCGGAUCGCCCUGGGGUUCAGCAGCACAGUAGGAUCGACAGAGUUCGCGAAGACCUGGCGCUCACUCUACAGACCUGGAUCCAGUGCAAGAGGACGGGCCCAACUAAACACCUGCUGUACCCCAAAAUGAUAGCCUGCCUAACAGAACUGAGAACAAUGACUGAAGAGUACAGCAAGCAGAUUCUGCAGAUCCAGGACGUCCAGCCUGACACCAUUUCUCCUCUCAUCAUAGAGGUUGUCAGUAAAAACCCUGGAAAAGAUGUCUGAAGCAGGUUUUACUGCCUCAAGCACUCUUUCAUAUUUAAUUACAGAGACCUCAAACUGAAUGUGACCAUUCGUUUAAAUGAAAGUAUCCUGGUGUUGCCAAAUGAAAACAUAAAAAUGCUUUUUAUAAAAGACGUAAGACAAACCUCACCGAAGCGAGUGGUGAGAUAGUUAUAUUUGUAGCUUUGCUUACAGUAGUGUUGUGAGUUUUGAUGUUUAUGGCACACACAGCUGUGAGACUGCCAAGUUAGUCUUGUCUCAGGAAGUAUUUGGAAGCGUGGCGGCCAAGUGUUUCUUACCGUUUUGGAUUUGUUACCUCAGAAAUGUGUUUGUUGUGUUUAAAUGUUUUUGUGCAAAACAGGAAUAAGCUUAUUGUAAAUACAAAUGUGACUACA